AUUUAGGAUAUUCAGUCAGUGAAACUAGUUUGCGAAAGGAAUUCUCAAAUUUUGGCGAAAUAGCUGAAGUUAAGCUUGUAAAGGAUAUUGAUAUCACUAAGAGGCCUAAAGCAUAUGCAUUUAUUCAAUAUACUUGUCAAGAUGAUGCCGUUUUAGCUCUCGAGAAUAUGGACCGCGAGAGAUUUGAUGGCAGAUUGAUUUACAUUGAAAUUGCCAAACCUGGGAAACACAGUUUUGGAGAAUAUCCAAAAGCCUCUGGACCUCCAAAGAAGGAGAAUUUGCAGGAGCAAGACGAGGUUUCAGAUUGCUGGUACUGAUCAAAGAUGGUUUGAAACCAGAGAAGCAGGUUGUAAAUUAGGGAAUGAGGUAGAAUGAAGAGCUACUUCUCAAGUGAAAAUCAUUUCAAGAUGACCAUAACCGAUAACGUAUGACAUUGAAAUGGCAAGUGCUGGUCAGUUUCAUUAAAGUGAGUAUAUUACAUGAACUACGUACCCUACAGUUUCUUGAAGCCACCUUAUGUAUUGCAUCAUUAUAACUUACAAUCCUUAUCAGUGUACUAUUUUGUCUUGGACCUGCGCAUAUGCAGAAGCAAUGCAAAGUUAUUGUUCAAACUAGAGUAUUCAUAUAAUUCAAUCAUAAAUUGAAAUUUUAAUUUCU